AUGAUAGCACUGAAGGCUCCAAAGAAGAAGGUUCAGGAUUUCGACGAGGAAGAUCUGGCGUUCAAGCAGAAGCAGAAGGAGGCCGAGAAGGCCCGCAAGGAGAUGGCUGCCAAGGCCUCGGGCAAGGUGGGGAAGACCUCGCUCAUCACCCGUUUCAUGUACGACACGUUCGACGCGCACUACGCAGCCACAAUUGGAAUCGAUUUCCUCUCGAAAACCAUGUAUUUGGACGACAAGACCAUCCGUCUCCAGUUGUGGGACACUGCUGGACAAGAGCGAUUCCGGUCGCUGAUUCCAAGCUACAUCCGAGACUCGAACGUGGCGAUCAUCGUGUACGAUAUCACAAACAAGGAGUCGUUUCAAAACGUGAACAAAUGGUUCGACUACGUCAAGCAGGAGCGCGGGUCUAAUGUGUUGAUUAUUCUUGUUGGUAACAAAUCGGACCUGGAUAACAAAAUAAUCGCCAACGAGGAAGGAGAAAGUCUGUGCAAGAAGCUGGGAUGCAACUUCUUCAUCGAAACCAGUUCGAAAAACGGAUACAACGUCAAGAACCUGUUCAAAAAAGUGGCCAAGCUACUUCCCGAACUACAGGACGAAAACACAGAUCAAGCUUUGGAAAACGAUAAAGUCCAGAUGAUCGACGUGGCCAUGAAUAAUCAAGAGUCCGCUGACGGAUGUCAAUGUUAA